UUUCACAGUACAAAGUGAUGAUAAUAGAUUUGAUUUGUGUGGCAUGUGAAAUUGUGUGUUUACAAUUUCUAUUUAUUUUACUUCAUUUGUUUUUCUUUUAUUUGUAGUAUUAAGAAUGUCUAGUAAGGCAGCCGCAAAAGCUAUACAUUUCGCAGGGGAUUUACCAAAUUUACAGAAUUUGAUCAAGAGAGAUCCAAUUUCUUAUAAAGAUGAGUUUCUGAAGCAGUUGCAGUACUAUCACAACUUGAUGCAGACUUUUCAACUCCAGCCUGCUAAAUUUAAUGAGAGGCUGGAUGAAAUGAUCAAUUUUUUAGCACAGGUAAGUCACUGCUACAAAGAAGAAACAAUGAACCUGCCUGGACAGUUCAGUGACCUACUGAAAAAUCACAGCACAAUCCUGGACAGAACAAUGAGAAUGACUUUGGUGAAAGCUAUUAUUAUGCUAAGAAAUAAAGAACUUAUUUCUGCAACUCAAGUUCUACAACUCUUUUUCAAACUGCUGCGGUGUGAGGACAAGCUCUUGAGAAAGACAAUUUACAUGUAUGUUGUAAAUGACAUCAAGAACAUCAACUCCAAACACAAAAAUGCUAAGCUCAACUCUGCCCUACAGACGUACAUGUUCUCUAUGUUACAAGAGAACAACGCAGUGACGGUGAAGACUGCAUUGGACGUCAUGACUGAGUUAUACCGUAGGAACAUUUGGAAUGACGCCAAGACAGUCAAUGUUAUAUCCACAGCUUGUUUCUCUAAGAUAACAAAAGUCAUGGUGGCUGCUAUGAAGUUUUUCCUAGGUAAAGACGAACUAGAACAGAAAGAUGACAGUGACUCAGAUAAAGAUGAUGACCCCAAGAAGACGACCAAAGAACUGGUGCUGGGUCACAGAGUAGCCAAAAAGACCAAAAAGAGAAAAAAGAAACUUGAAAGAGCCCUGCAAGCCGUCAACAAACACCAGAAGAAGAAGUCUGCGCCCGAGGCCUUCAAUAACUCGGCGCUUCAUUUGCUUUUUGAUCCGCAAGACUUCUGUGAAAAGCUGUUCCGUCAGUUGGAGAAGACAACCGAGAGAUUUGAAGUCAAGCUGAUGAUGAUUGAUUUGAUCUCCAGGUUGAUUGGUGUCCACAAACUCAUCCUGCUGAACUACUAUCCCUUUAUGAAACGUUUUAUACAGCCCCAUCAGAGAGAGGUAACACGUUUGCUGUUGUAUCUAGCCCAAGGCAGCCAUGACCUUGUUCCCCCUGACGCGAUGGAAGAAGUUCUCAUGACCAUAGCUAACAACUUUAUUGCAGAACGCAACUCAAGUGAAGUGAUGGCUGUUGGUUUAAAUGCAGUCAGAGAGAUCUGCUCACGCUGCCCGCUGGCCAUGUCAGAGGAUUUGUUGCGUGACUUAGUUCAAUAUAAGCUACACAGAGACAAGGCUGUAAUGAUGGCAGCCAGAUCUCUGAUUCAACUGUUUCGACACACAAAUCCAGAACUAUUGCACAGAAAAGACAGAGGUCGACCAACAGAAGCCCAGCAGGAACUGAAAGUGAUGAAGUAUGGCGCACUGGAUGCUAAAACUUUUGUUCCAGGAGCAGAAGCCAUCCCUGAGAAAGAGGAAAAACAACAGGAAGUAGAGAAAGAUCAAGGUGAGUGGGAGUCUUGUAGUGAGGAGGAAAAUGACAGCGAUGGUGAAUGGGUGGAUGUCUAUCAUUCCUCAGAUGAAGAAAAGGAAAAAACCGAGACGAGCUUCACACCAGCAGAACUGGAAGAAAAGCAGAAACUGGCUGAAGAAAUUUCCUCCACCAGAAUAUUAACUGAUGAGGACUAUAAGAUGAUUAACGCCAGACAAAUAAGCAAAGACAUAACAUCAGCUAAAGCUGCUCGUGCCAGGAAGAGAAAGCUACAGGAGGCUUUUGAAAAUGAAAGAAACAAUGAUAACCUUCCAAAACUUGGUGACAUUGAGAUGGUGCACAAGAAGAAAGCUCAUGAUAAAGAAUCCAGACUGGCUACUGUCUUGGCUGGCCGAGAAGGAAGAGAAAAGUUUGCUCAUGGCCCUCAGAAGAUGAAUCCGUUUGCCAGCACCACUAACAAGGAGAAGGCAAAGAAGAAAGCGUUCACAAUGGUCAAGCAUAAAAUAAGGAGAAAAAAAACGAAAAGAUCUUUUAAGGACAAACAGAUUUCUUUAAGAAAUUCAUUGAUCAAGAAAAUGAAGAAUUCAAGAAAAUAAAAACAGAAUGUUCAUGUUUGUGAUCUUGUAUAUAUAUAAGGAUUUUAAUGAAAUAUAUUUUGAAUAAAAUAUAUGGCUAACAUUGAAA